AUGACCAAAACCAACAUCGUACCACGAUCCUACAACUGCAAACGGCGGAUCCGCGAUGAGCGCCGCCGGAGCUCCCAAAGUCAGCUCGAGCGCACCCGCAGGCGGCUCGAGGCCAUCCAAAUUCGAAUGAGCUCCUCCCUCCCCGCUGCGGAACGUGGAGUCGGCGGACGAUUCCUCGGCCGACCUGCCGCCGAUGUUGUCGACCUUCCGCCCGGCACCAUCGACGACAUUGUCACUGCCGCCUUUGCCAGCGUCGCCGCCACGGUCGCCAAGUUCGCCAGGCUCGCCAAAGCCGCUGCCGCCCUCCAGGCCGCCGGCAAAGUGCCUCCGUGA